CAUUCAAUUGCAGACUCGUCAAAGUCCCAGAUCAAGAAGCCCGCUGUCCAUCAGCAAUUCGACGACUCUGACUUUCUGAACCUGCCCUGGAACGGCCAGGAUGUCAAUAUCCUGGUCAUGGGAGAGACCGGUGUCGGCAAGUCGACCCUCAUCAACGCCGUCGCCAACUACGUCAGUUUCAAAUCUCUGGAAGAAGCCUGUGCCUCCUCUGAGAUUGUGACCCUCGUGCCAACAAAGUUUGUUCUCUACGACCCCGAAACAUGCAAGCCGACCGAGAUCAAGACCGACGAUAAAUCCUUGAAGGUGCCUGCUCACGCCGCGCACGCCAACGAAGUCUACAAGCAAGGACAGUCGACAACGCAGCAUCCCCAGUCGUACGUGUUCAGUGUAUACGACGAAGACAACCUGCCAACCAAAAUCAGGAUCAUCGACACCCCAGGCAUGGGCGACUCGCGAGGCGUCGAGACUGACAGACUCAACAUGCAAAACAUCAUCCGAUGCGUCACCCGCGUCGGCAAGAUCCACAUGCUCGUCAUUGCGCUGCCCACAAACCAGAGCCGACUCACGGUCUGGUUCAGAUUCUGCAUCAUGGAGCUGUUCAAGUACCUGGACCGUGGCACCGUGGAGAACAUUGCGUUCUUGUUCACCAAGGCCCGGUCGACAGCCUUCCGAGUGGGCGACACCAUUCCAAACAUGAGACAGCUGUUUGACCAGAUCAAGUCCCAGUCAGGCGUGGACAUCCACCUGGACGACACCAACAGCUUCAUCAUCGACAACGAGGCAUAUCGCUAUCUCCUCGCCAAGGACAAGGUCGAGUUCUCUGAAGGCGAGGUUCUCCAGUUUGACGAUUCGUGGCACAGAUCCUCGAUCGCAUGCCGCAAAAUGGUCAGGGUCGCCCGGGGACGAAGCCCAAAGGACUUCAGGGUGACUGCCCAGCUCGAGGCCCUGAGGACGUACAUUGACAGGGAAAUCCAGAGCCUGGUCGCCUCCGAGGGCACCGAAGAGUCGUUUGAACACAAAGCCGACUCCAUGCUCGCAUGGAAAGAACUUUCUGGAGAAGAAGUAUAUCAAGUGGCGCACCCACGUUGUCGAAGAAGACACCCGAUCACAGUCGCUCCAGCUGCUUGCGCUGAGCAAUCAAUGCCUGUCGCAGUCGCCGGAGCAUCAAGCCAAUCCGCAGACUCUGGACGAAGUGCUUGGACUGCUCAAAGCCAGCAGCGGAGAAACGGAGCUAGACCUUGACAAAACCGUCCAAGAUUUCCAGAAGGAAAUGGCAGAGUUUGACUGGGAGGCCAAGCUGAAACCCACCUCCAGGCCGACCAACACACCCGCUCCGACGGGAGUCCCCCCAACUGGCGCAGGCAAACAACACAGUCGCAAUGGGCCAUUCGUUGAAGAAGCGAGGGUCGGCCCUCACGUUACCGGAGCUUCGUCGUCGAUCACUCAUGUUCGUGCUGGCUCGACAUCAUAUCAGGAUCAUACAGUCGAUCCAGAAAGAAACGGGACAGUCAUCCAUCCGACAUCAAUUGGCCACACACAGAGCCACUCAAACUCGGGUC